AUGGAUAAUAGCAAGUCAGCUGCAAUGAAAGGCGUCUGGAGGAACGAGCUUCUGUCAACUGAUAUUUUAAUAACAAUAUUCGUGAGCCUCAACAUUGCGGACCUUGCAGUUGCCUCACUGGUCUGCAAAAUGUGGAACACAGCUUGCCGAGCUUACAAGCGUACAAGUGGAAAAAUUACUCAAUUCUUAAAGUAUGUUCUAAGUCUGAGUAAUGGAAAUACAAAUUGCUUAGUAUUUAACUACAAUGUUUACUUGACAGAUGAGGAGUUCAUCAUAGCUGCUAAAAGGACCCCAAAUCUGAAACAACUAGUACUACCAAGGAAAGGUGACUUUUCAAGAAAAGCAGUGCAUAUGGCAAUGAAGUCAUGGGGAGGCCUUGAGUCCAUUAACAUUAGCUCUGGUGUCCCCAUUGAUUACAUAUUUCCUGCAAUUCGCGAAUACUGUAAGAGCGUCAGUGGGAUCAAAUUCCAUUGCGAAUUUGAAGAAAAGCACGCAGAAGCCUUGGUUGAAUCUACCCCUAACAUGAAGGUGUUCAGCAUUCGGUCCACGGUAGUGAGUAUGAAGGCUUUGAGGAGUGUGCUCACUUCCUUGGAACAUUUAGAGGCGGUGAACAUCUGUCACAGCUUCAUUAUGGAUAUGUCACAUGAUGGAUUCAGUAUUUUUGCAGUUCAAGAUCUACAAAAGUAUCUGCCCCCAUCAAGUAUGGAAAAGGUUAUCUAUUGUGAAGAAGGAUCAUGCCUUAAGUGUCAGUAUGAGCGUAGCAUUGCACCUGGUUCUUUUCUCUAUCGUGCACUAGAGGAUAUCUGGCGGGAGGAUGAGAUCACCUCACUGGCACAUUAA